AUGGUCCAAUCCUCCGUCUUGGGUUUCCCUCGUAUGGGAAAGCUCCGUGAUCUCAAGAAGGCCACGGAAGCUUACUGGGGAGACAAGAUUUCUCGAGAUGAGCUCUUGGCCGAGGGAAAGAGACUCCGCCUGGAGCACUGGAAGAUCCAGAAGGAUGCUGGUGUCGAUAUUAUUCCCAGUAAUGACUUUGCCUUCUAUGACCAGGUUCUUGACCACAUCCAGCUGUUCGGUGUCAUCCCCGAGAGGUACAGCAAGUACAAUCUUCACCCUCUUGACGAGUACUUUGCCAUGGGUAGAGGUCUCCAGAAGCCGGCCAAGGAUGGCGAGGCUGCCGUCGAUGUUCCUAGCUUGGAAAUGGUCAAGUGGUUUGACUCGAACUACCACUACGUGAAGCCUACUCUGCAGAACAACCAGACCUUCAAGCUGGCCGACCAGCCCAAGCCUGUUGUCCAGUUCCUUGAGGCCAAGGAGGCCGGAGUUGUCACUCGUCCCGUCAUCCUGGGACCUGUGUCGUUCCUCACUCUCGGUAAGGCCGACCGUGGUCAGACCAUCGACCCCAUCGACAAGAUCGAUGAUCUCGUUGCCGUCUACGUCGAGCUUCUUACCAAGCUCAAGGAGGCCGGUGUUGAGGAUGUCCAGAUUGAUGAGCCUGUCCUCGUCUUCGACCUCCCUGCCAAGUCCAAGGCUGCCUUCAAGCCCGCCUACGAGAGGCUGGGUGCCCUUGGUGCCAAGGCUCCGCGCAUUGUCCUUGCUACCUAUUUUGGUGAUAUUGUCCACAACGUCGAUGUUCUUCCUUCUCUUCACAGCCUUCAUGGCAUUCAUGUUGAUUUGGUUCGCAACCCUGAACAACUUGAAACCAUCAUCAGUUCUCUGGGCCCUAAGCAGGUCCUCUCCGCUGGUGUUGUUGAUGGCCGUAACAUCUGGAAGACCAACUUCAAGACUGCUAUCGAGAAGGUUGAGCUUGCCAUCCAGAAGCUGGGCAAGGACCGUGUGAUCGUUGCCACUUCCAGCUCCCUCCUUCACGUCCCUCACACUCUCGAGAGCGAGAAGAACCUUGAUCCUGAGGUCCGGGAUUGGUUCAGCUUUGCCGUCGAGAAGACUGCCGAAGUUGUUGUCAUAGCUAAGGCUGUUACCGAGGGCCCUGCUACUGUUCGUGAGCAGCUCGAGGCCAAUGCCAAGUCUGUCCAGGCUCGAGCCUUGUCCAAGCGUACCAAUGACCCUAAGGUCAAGGAGCGCCAGGCCGCUGUCACUGAUGAGCAACACAACCGCAAGUCCCCCUUUCCUGUCCGUCUUGCUGAACAGGUCAAGUCCAUCAACCUUCCCCUCUUCCCUACCACCACCAUCGGCUCCUUCCCUCAGACCAAGGAGAUUCGUAUCCAGCGGAAUAAGUUCACCAAGGGUGAGAUAACUGCCCAGGAGUAUGAGAAGUUCAUCGAGAAGGAAAUCCAGGACGUCGUCAAGAUUCAGGAGGAGCUUGACCUUGAUGUUCUGGUCCACGGUGAGCCCGAGCGUAACGAUAUGGUCCAAUACUUCGGUGAGCGUCUCACCGGUUACGUCUUCACCACCCACGCUUGGGUCCAGAGUUACGGAUCCCGUUGCGUGCGUCCUCCUAUCAUCGUGGGUGACGUCUCUCGCCCCGCCCCUAUGACCGUGAAGGAGUCGAAGUACGCUGUUUCCAUCUCCAAGAAGCCCAUGAAGGGUAUGCUUACUGGACCCAUCACCUGCCUCCGGUGGUCCUUCCCUCGUGACGAUGUCCACCAGUCUGUGCAGGCUCAGCAGCUGGCUCUUGCUCUCCGUGACGAAGUCAUUGACCUUGAAACUGCCGGUGUCAAGGUCAUCCAGGUCGACGAGCCUGCUCUCCGUGAAGGUCUUCCUCUUCGUGCCGGUAAGGAACGCGAGGACUACCUCUCGUGGGCCGUGCGUGCUUUCCGCCUGGCCACCUCUGGAGUCACCGAUGGCACUCAGAUCCACUCUCACUUCUGCUAUUCCGAGUUCCAGGACUUCUUCCACGCCAUUGCCGCGCUGGAUGCUGACGUUCUGAGCAUUGAGAACAGCAAGUCCGAUGCCAAGCUGCUCAAGGUCUUCAUUGAUGAGGCCUAUCCCCGCCACAUUGGUCCUGGUGUUUAUGACAUCCACUCUCCCCGUGUUCCCAGCGAGGAGGAGAUCAAAGGCCGCAUUGAGGAGAUGCUGCAAUUCCUCCGCAUUGACCAGCUGUGGAUCAAUCCUGACUGCGGUCUGAAGACCCGCCAGUGGCCCGAGACCAAGGCGGCGCUGACCAACAUGGUCAAUGCUGCCAAGUUCUACCGCCAGAAGCACGCCCAAUAA